AUGUAUCGGGAGGCCAUGGCCGGUUUCACGAACGACAAGCAAGCCCCCAUAAUAUCCACGCCCUGGGUUCAUGACACGCAGGUGUCAAGCUGGAGAGCUUUGACCAAUCAAACCAAAACACUGAAGCGGGGAGACUCACUAAAAGUUGCGUCCUGGAACCUAUGCUUUACUUCUCGUGGGCCUGCAACUCGUGCUUCGGCCGCUCUUAGCCAUCUUAGGACACUGUUUGGGCAAGAGCCCCACAACCUCGUGGUGAUGUUCCAAGAAGUCUGCCAAGAAUCACUGCGAGUGAUACUUAAGGAUAGGUGGACACAAGGCAACUUCUCUAUCACAGACGUCAAGCCGCCACCCUUUUAUUAUCGUGAGGAGUGGAACGACGUCCUUGAAGAGAAUGUUGGCAGCGUGCCUACCCGCCACUUCACGCUCAUGAUGAUCCCGCGGGACCUUCGGAUAUCAAAUUGCUUUCGCGUCCCCUUCGUCUCUGAAUCGGAGAGAGAUGCCCUUGUGGUUCACCUUCCCGUAUCAGAGGGCCAUGGUCCUAAUGAAGCAAAAGGGCUGCUUCGGCUAUGCACGGCGCACCUUGAAUCCCUUGAUCUCGGAUACGAGUACCGUUUUUACCAGCUCGCUACAAUAUCAGCGCUGCUAAAAAGUGAGUUGGUUCAAGGGUGGGAAGUCUACGGUGGGCUGGUCGGGGGUGACAUGAAUUCGACUCUUGCAUCUGAAUACGAUGACCAUCGAGACCCUGAGAUCGACCUCAAGGACGUCUGGGAGGAUGUGUCGGCCCCAGCCGUACCAAACCUUCGGCCUUUUUACAAAGAUUUCACGUAUGGCCGGGCUAUUGGAAAUACAUGGGGGUAUCAGUCUAAGGGAAGACCGUAUCAAGACUAUGGGAGCCGGCUGGAUAAAUUUCUCUACACGGGCCCCAUCGAAACAUUUCCUGUUGAUGAAGGUCAAGAUACUACUGGAAGGUUGGGUCGCUUUGGAAUAGGACUCAAGACCAAGGUCGGACUGAAUGAUGUUUGGGUUAGUGAUCACUUUGGUAUCACCGUUGGUAUCAAGAUUAUCUGA